AAGACGCCACUCAUUCGCCGAGACAUGCUAUUUUGAUGCCUGCUUUGGUGAUUGGAAUAUCAAUGCAACUCCGGUCCUAACAUCCAUGUCACCUUUAGGUUCAAUCCAAAUCUAAUCCAUCUCAAUCCAGACUCUCUGGCCAGUCCUCUGUAACUUCGAUGACUUUUAAAGUCGCUCUGCCUGCUGGAGGCACCCAUUUACAAGUACUGGCCUGUCUCCCUCACCCGUCCAUCUAACAAAUCCCUGCGAUAUUGCAUCAUUGUUUGUCAAGAGCCUUUUGGUGUCGUCUUGUUCGUAUUAUUUUAUUUUCUACUAUUUCUUCUCCAGGCACAGUUUGCAUAUACAUAUAUAUAUGUACCAUAUAUAUUUACACCUUCGAGCCUCGUGUUCGUAUCUUGCUUCUGGGAUCUCUACUCUUCUUUUCUUUAGGCUCGCGGACACUUCGAGUUUGCUUUUCAACAUACUCUCCACCGUUCCACCAGGACCAAUUCUUUCCAGCGGACCCUUGCACAUACUAUCAACCGUCUCCAGGAGGGAUUAGAUUGCCUUGGUAUUGCCUCCCAGGUAGAGGGAAAACAAGAUACACGCAUCACUUGUCCGCUGAAGAAAAUCACCCCGCAAUUUUCCGUACUGAUGCUAUCGUUGAUAUGACAGCCGUGCUCCCCGCUGCUGCCCUGGAAGGGUCCCGCCUUUCCCCGGACCCUUUGCGAUAUGCCAUUCCUCGGCGGUAUCUGCUAGAGUCUUCAUGUGUUCCGAGCAAAUUACCCUUGCAUGAGGAAUACUCUCCAUCGAAUUGUCCAAGUUCACUUUCAUCUUCCCCUUCCUCGUCACCAUUGCAUUAUCCUACAUUGACACCAACACCCCCCGAGGAUUAUUCCUACACACCAACUACUAUCAGUAGUCUGUCUCUGAAUGCCGAUUACGAACACGAGCAUGAGCACGAGCACCAGCGUGAGGAUGAGGAUGAGAUAGUAUUUCCCUCAUAUGAUUCACAGCGGUGGAGUAACGACGAACUGAAGGAGCUGCAUGAUGAAAAUGAAAUGUCCACAGAUUCAUCUGCUACCCUGAAUUCACUGGCUGCGGACGAUACUUCGAUCGAGGUAGAACCAUCAAGGCAUGUUGAUUAUCUCUCCCAUUUAUGGAAAGAAGAGGACAUUUGGGCAUCAUGGCGCUACGUGACUGCUCGUAAGAACGUCUACAGUAAUGGAGUGAGACUGGAGAAUGCUUCUUGGAGGACAUGGGCGAAGUCGAAACAUAAUCUUGGAACAGUUUCUCCAGAUUCUCUUAACUGGUUGAAAGACUGUGACGUGACAUGGUUGUAUGGUCCCCUGAAGACCUCCCAAAGGCAUGAUAUAACGCCUUUAUCGCCUUCGAGCCGUCUGGAAACCCCGAACUCGUAUCUGGAUAGGAAGCCUAUAUUGAAGAAGAAAACCACAUCGGAAAUCAUCUUACAGCAUUCCUUAUCACAACAUACUCUUCUGCGACAUGCUGGUGCCAUUCUAAGAGCUCGGGAAGCGGCAAACCCUGACGGUCGACCGUCCUUUCCGAGACAAUCGUCCGGCAUAUCGGACCGGGAUGUUGGUUUCCCACCUUAUUCUUCUUCUACCACAAAUGCAUCCUCGUCCGGUCUAUCCUCUCCAAGUGAGAGGCGCCAUAUCCACUUCAACAAUGAGGUGGUUCAAUGUAUUGCGGUUGAGGUAAAAGAGCCCGAUGAGGAUGAUGGUGAUUGGCAGGCCUUACUGGGUAAUUCAUCUUCCGAUGAUACCGUGAAGCAGACUCCUCCAAAAUCAUUACCUGGUCCUAAAAAAACCACCCACGGUAGUGAAAGCAGAACGAUCGCUCCUCUGCCCCCAACCACAUUGAAGUACCGUGGAGAUACCCCACAGUUGCCCACUGCCUCAGGUAUUGGCUUCUGGUCUGACACAACAUCUACAUCGUCACCAGCAUCUUCUAUGGAGACUAUUCGGCCGACAAAGCCGCAAGCUAACUUCCUCCUGGAUGAUGAUUAUGACGACCAUGAACUUGACUAUAACUGGGAUCCAAAACCGCCAUUGCAUGACUCUGCUCGCAGUCGCCCUUGGUUUAUGGAUCCUGAAGACGAAGAAAUGGACCAACAUCUUCACUUGACUUCCUCCGGUAUGCUUAUGCCAUACAAUGACGAGCAUUCAUCCCAUCCUGGCAUCUUUAGCAAAGUGAUUGAUACCUUAAACACAGCCAGAGAUAUUGCACAUGUGAUUUGGAACGUUGGGUGGCAGAGCUAAGCCUGAAGGGCUCUAUUGUUCUGGCUCAACUUUGCUAUCCCAAGCGAUGCGAGGGAUGGCUGCAUUGCAUGUCUGCAUUUAUCUUCUCAACAGUUGCAUUAUUGAGUGUCAUUUUAUGGCGUUUUAAAAUGACUGUCUGGCAGGUAAGAGUUUCUUUAAAAAGCGUGCAAUUUUUUUUCCCCACCUUUUGAAUUGGAGGGUCCCGCACCAUUACUUUUAGGCGUGUUAAACAGUGGGCUGGAGUAGAGUACAUAGAUAACAUUCUGUUUGAUUUUUCUUAUGAUGGGAGUUAGAUACCUACCAUUGGUGUAAUGUCCAUUCUGUAUAUGUGAGUAUACCUAGAUAAUCGC